UCUUUUUGGAUACAUUUAAUUAUAAAUUAUUAAAAUUUUUAAUUUAAAAUUUCAAAAUUUUAACGGUUGAAUUUCAGACUUUUGUGUCAUGAGAAACCAAAGAAAAUUUUUGUCAGUCUUUAAGGUUUCGCAUCAAGAAAAUUAGGGUUUUAAUUGGAUUUUUCUGCGGAGGAGUUUUGGAUUGCUCCGGUGGCGGUUUCAAAAAUUGGGGGAACUGGUGUUUGAAUCCGGGAGUCGUUUGUCUCGGCGUUUCCAUGUAAAAUUAGGGUUUCGGGGUUCCAAGCUGCGGGGGGAGAAGAUGAUUAUCAAGCGGACGAUGAAAUUCGAAAUGCCGAACCUGAAACGCUGCAAGAUGGAAGAGUCUGGUUGUGAUGAUGAAGAUGAAGACUGCGCUUAUAAGUUGAAGCCUAAGAGACGGAAAACGAACGAGUAUCGUUGUUCACAUGGUGGGGUUGAAGAUUUGAGUAGCGGCUCAGAUUAUUGGAGUAACAAAAGAGGGCAUUGGGCAGCUGAAUUGAAUUCGAAUUUGAAACAAAAGAGUGAAUCUCAAUCUAGUAAAGGGUCGAAGAGGCAUAAGCCUCCGCUAUUGAAAUCAUCACGAGGAAGGACGCGGAUGCUUCCUUCAAGGUUCAAUGACGCGGUUCUUGAUGAAUGGAGGAAUAAGAAAUUUGCAGUUGAGGAUCCAGAUUCAGGCUUUGAUGAUGAUGAAUUCAUGGAAGAGAGAGUGAGUUCUCGUAAAUUUGAUGAAAUAGUAUAUCUGGAGAGGAAGUUUGAACGUGGGAGCUCCGAGUUCGACCCUGUUUGUAAAAGGGAGAAGGAAGACGAUGCCGGUCUCGCAGAUGUUAGUAGUUUCGAUUACAGAAGGAAUAAAUACGCAGGUUUGGGGAAGCUCAGAGAAGGCGGAGCUGGGAAGAGUAAGGAUGUGUAUAGGCCGGAGGAUUUUGCUUUGGGUGAUAUCGUCUGGGCUAAGUGUGGGAAGAAGUAUCCAACUUGGCCAGCCAUAGUGAUAGAUCCUCUAUUGCAAGCACCUGAAUCAGUCCUGAGCCGUUGUGUUGCCGGUGCUAUUUGUGUCAUGUUUUUUGGGUACUCAAAAAACGGAACACAAAGGGACUAUGCAUGGGUGAAACAGGGAAUGAUAUUUCCAUUUGCAGAAUUCAUGGACAGAUAUCAGAAGCAGACCCAGUUGUAUAAGUGGAAACAGACUGAUUUUCAAUUGGCUGUGGAGGAGGCAAUUUUAGCAGAAAACGGUUACCUGGAUGUAGGCCAUAACACCCAACAAACAGCAUACCUAGAUGCCUGCCCCAGCAGUUCGAGUCCAGAUACUGAGCAUUAUUUGCAAAAUCAGGAUGCAUGUUCCCAGGAGACAAGACCUUGUGAUAGCUGUGGUUCUGUUGUUCUCUUCAAAACUAUGAAGAAGAUGAAGGGCUUGAAGUCUUACACUGAGCUUCUAUGCAGACAUUGUGCUAAGUUGCGAAAAUCAAAGCAAUAUUGUGGCAUAUGCAGGAAGAUUUGGCACCAUUCAGAUGGUGGCAAUUGGGUCUGUUGUGAUGGUUGUAAUGUGUGGGUGCAUGCUGAAUGUGACAACAUUUCCACCAAACUUUUCAAGAAUCUGGAAAGCAUCGAUUAUUACUGCCCAGACUGCAAAGCAAACUCCAAGUCUGCACCAUCUAAUUUAGCAAAAAAAGAGCUAGAAAUCAAGUCCAAAGAAAAAAAUGGGAAAAAUGCAAUCCCUGACAAGCUUACAGUAAUCUGCAAUGGCAUGGAGGGAAUAUAUCUUCCAAAAAUUCAUCUAGUUGUAUGCAAGUGUGGUUCAUGUGGAUCAAAGCAGCAGUCACUUGGUGAAUGGGAAAGGCACACUGGAUGUAGAGCUAAAAAAUGGAAGUACAGUGUGAGAGUCAAGGAGACCAGGCUACCACUUGGUGAUUGGAUUUUGGCAUAUGAUACACAUGGUGUUGAUAUUCAAAAGUUAGAUGAGCAGAAGCUAAUUGGAUUUUUGCAAGAAAAAUAUGAGCCUGUUUAUGCAAAAUGGACAACCGAAAGGUGUGCUGUUUGUAGAUGGGUUGAGGACUGGGACUAUAACAAAAUUAUUAUCUGUAACAGGUGUCAAAUAGCUGUCCAUCAAGAAUGCUAUGGAGCAAGUGAUGUGCAGGAAAUGACCUCUUGGGUUUGUAGAGCUUGUGAAACACCUGAUUUUGAGAGGCAGUGCUGCCUUUGUCCUGUAAAAGGGGGUGCUCUUAAGCCAAGUGAUGUUGACUCACUAUGGGUCCAUGUCACAUGUGCUUGGUUUCGGCCUGAAGUUAGUUUCUUGAAUCAUGAGAAGAUGGAGCCUGCCACUGGAAUCCUUAGAAUUCCAUCAAGUUCAUUUUUGAAGAGAUGUGUGAUCUGCAAUCAGACUCAUGGUUCCUGCACUCAGUGUUGCAAAUGUGCAACUUAUUUUCACAUAAUGUGUGCAUCAAGGGCGGGAUAUAGCAUGGAAUUACAUUGCUUGGAGAAGAAUGGGACACAAAUAACAAAAAAGUUAGUUUACUGUGCUGUUCACAGGAGACCAAAUCCAGACUCAGUUGUAGUCGUGCAUACUCCUUCAGGGGUUUUUGCUACCACAAACUUGCUUCAAAAACAAAAUGGUUGUUUUAGAGGUUCAAGGUUGGUUUCAAAUACGAGACUAGAGCUGCUUGAGUCCUCAGGUUCAGAGACUGAUGUGGUUGAUGCACUUUCUGCUGCAAGAUGUCGUGUAUAUAAAAGAUUGCGCUCUAAGAUUGCAGUGGUGGAACCAAUGUUCCACAGACUGAGUGGGCCAAGUCAUCAUCCUCUAAAUGCACUAAGCAGAUUGAGCACAUAUAAAGAAGUCGAAGAUUCUACCAUUUUCUCAUCAUUCAAAGAACGUUUGUAUCAUUUACAGAGAACUGAGAACCAUCGAGUUUGUUUUGGUAAAUCUGGUAUACAUGGAUGGGGACUCUUUGCACGUAGAAACAUUCAAGAAGGAGAAAUGGUUAUUGAGUAUCGCGGCGAGCAGGUUAGAAGAAGUGUUGCAGAUUUGAGGGAGGUACAGUAUGGUUCAGAAGGCAAAGAUUGCUACCUGUUCAAGAUAAGUGAGGAAGUAGUGAUCGAUGCCACAAAUAAGGGGAAUAUCGCACGCCUAAUCAACCAUUCGUGCAUGCCCAACUGCUAUGCAAGGAUUAUGAGUGUUGGCGAUGAGGAGAGUCGGAUAGUUCUUAUUGCUAAGACCAAUGUGUGUGCUGGGGAUGAACUAACGUAUGAUUACUUGUUUGAUCCCGAUGAGUGUGAUGAACUGAAAGUGCCCUGUCUUUGUAAAGCUCCCAUCUGUCGAAAAUUCAUGAAUUAAGUUUAUGUUUCUGCUACUCGCAGAUGAAAAAAUCAAACCAUUUUUUUGUUGCCAAAUGAGCCUGUAAUUCUUUUUCAUAUCAUAAACAACUUUUUUUUUU